AUGACUCACAGCAGCCCUGGACCAACCUGUCCCCCAACAACCUGUCCCCCGCCAACCUGUCCCCCGCCAACCUGUCCCCCCAACAACCUGUCCCCCAACAACCUGUCCUCCAACCUGUCCUCCACAACCUGUCCCCCGCCAACCUGUCCCCGCCAACAACCUGUCCCCCCCGCCAACCUGUCCCCCGCCAACCUGUCCCCCGCCAACCUGUCCCCCACCAACCUGUCCCCCAACAACCUGUCCCCCGCCAACCUGUCCCCCGCCAACCUGUCCCCCAACAACCUGUCCCCCGCCAACCUGUCCCCCCCAACCUGUCCCCCAACAACCUGUCCCCCGCCAACCUGUCCAACCUGUGUCCCCCAACCUGUCCCCCACCAACCUGUCCCCGCCAACCUGUGUCCCCGCCAACCUGUCCCCCCGCCAACCUGUCCCCGCCAACCUGUCCCCCCCCGCCAACCUGUCCCCCACCAACCUGUCCCCCACCAACCUGUCCCCCACCACCUGUCCCCCACCAUCCUGUCCCCCGCCAUCCUGUCCCCGCCAACCUGUCCCCGCCAACCUGUCCCCAACAACCUGUCCCCCAACAACCUGUCCCCCACCAACCUGUCCCCCAACAACCUGUCCCCCACCAACCUGUCCCCCACCAACCUGUCCCCCAACCAACCUGUCCCCCAACAACCUGUCCCCCCAACCUGUCCCCCAACCAACCUGUCCCCCGCCAACCUGUCCCCCGCCAACCUGUCCCCCAACCUGUCCCCCAACAACCUGUCCCCCACCAACCUGUCCCCCAACAACCCUGUCCCCCACCAACCUGUCCCCCCCCAACCUGUCCCCCCAACCUGUCCCCCCACCAACCUGUCCCCCCCCACCUGUCCCCCCAACCUGUCCCCCACCAUCCUGUCCCCCGCCAACCUGUCCCCCAAACCAACCUGUCCCCCAACAACCUGUCCCCCACCAACCUGUCCCCCACCACCUGUCCCCCCCACCUGUCCCCCCAACCUGUCCCCCACCAACCUGUCCCCCACCAACCUGUCCCCGCCAACCUGUCCCCCAACCUGUCCCCCACAACCUGUCCCCAACAACCUGUCCCCCAACAACCUGUCCCCCAACAACCUGUCCCCGCCAACCUGUCCCCCGCCAACCUGUCCCCCAACCAACCUGUCCCCCCAACAACCUGUCCCCCAACAACCUGUCCCCCCACCAACCUGUCCCCAACCCGCCAACCUGUCCCCCCAACCAACCUGUCCCCCCGCCAACCUGUCCCCCAACCUGCCAACCUGUCCCCCAACCAAACCUGUCCCCCAACCUGUCCCCCAACCAACCUGUCCCCCCCCGCCAACCUGUCCCCCAACAACCUGUCCCCCCGCCAACCUGUCCCCCGCCAACCUGUCCCCCACCAUCCUGUCCCCCAACCAACCUGUCCCCAACCAACCUGUCCCCCCAACAACCUGUCCCCCCAACAACCUGUCCCCCCCAACCUGUCCCCCCCCCGCCAAACCUGUCCCCCGCCAACCUGUCCCCAACAACCUGUCAACCUGUCCCCCCCAACAACCUGUCCCCGCCAACCUGUCCCCAACAACCUGUUCCCCGCCAACCUGUCCCCCCAACCUGUCCCCCCAACCUGUCCCCCGCCAACCUGUCCCCCAACAACCUGUCCCCCGCUCAGCACAGACAUAUACACUUCAUGCUCCAGUUCAGUGA